AUGUCGCUCCAGGAAAAAUACCAGGCCAGGGAGACCGUCACCGAUGUCGAGAAGAACACUCCCCAGGCGCAAAAGCCAAAGAAAAAGUUCAGAUGGAGAAUCGAGGACAACGACUCGCCUCCACAAAUCUACAACUGGGUGCUUUACAUGACCGUGUUCGUGUUUGGUAUCUUCGGUGCCGCCAGAGGUCUUGACGAGGGUAACAUUUCGGGAAAUCUUGCCCAAACGUCGUUUAAGCACCAGUUUGGUUUGGCCGACAAGACCAAGACCAAGCAACAGCUUGCCAAUUUGAAAUCCAACAUCGCCUCCAUGGUGCAGCUCGGCGCCAUUGGUGGUGCCAUGCUUGCCAUGUACACCGUCGACAAAUUCGGACGUAUCAACGCUUUGCGUGGUGUGUGUGUGUUGUGGAUGGUUGCUGUAGCCAUUCAAAUUUCUGCUAGUCACGUUGGUCAGCUUUACGCUGGUCGUCUUUUGGAGGGUUUGGCCGUGGGUCAAACCACCACCAUUGGUCCUACUUACUUGUCUGAGGUUGCUCCUAAACAAAUCAGAGGUAUGUGCUCUUGUAUUUUCGCCGGUGCCGUGUAUUUCGGAAUCUCCAUUUCUUACUUUGCCAAUUACGGUACUGCCUUGCACAUCUCAAACACCUCCAGAGCUCAGUGGGCCAUUCCUUUGUCCAUGAAGCUUGUCAUGGCUGCUUUGAUUCUUGUCUUGUCAUUCUUCUUCUGUGUCGAGUCUCCUAGAUGGCUCUUGAUGGUCAACAGACCAGACGAUGCCGUUGCAGCUUUGUCCAAGAUCAGAAAGCUUCCCUCCGACCACCCUUACGUUGUUGGUGAAAUCUCUGAUAUCAACGAAGGUCUUUUGGCUGAGAAGGAGGCAGUUGCAGGCAACAGCAUGUUCCACAUUAUCAAGGAGUUCUUGGGUUUGAAAUCCAACUUGUACAGAUUCUUCGUUGUCGCUGCUGCUGCCCAAAUUUUGGGUCAAUGGUCCGGUGCUAACGCCAUUACCAUUUACGCUCCUGAAUUGUUCGGUAUUGUUGGUAUCAAGGGUGUUGAGACUUUGAAAAUGACAGCUAUCUUGGGUUUGGUCAAGUUGAUCUCGGCCUAUCUCGGUGCUUUCUUCAUUAUCGAUUUCUUGGGUAGAAGACUUGCCUUGUACUGUGGUAUCACUUUGCAAUUGAUUUGUGCUCUUUACUUUGCCAUUUUCAUGACCAUUGUUCCACAGGCCGCAAAUACGUUUUCCUUGUCCGGUUCCCAAAAACGGGCUUCUCAAGGUGCUUUGGCUGCAUUGUUCUUGUCUGGUACUGGUUGGACCAUUGGUUUCAACUCUGUUCAAUAUCUUUUGGGUUCUGAGAUUUUCCCAUUGAACAUCCGUUCUUUUGCACAAUCUACCGUCAUGGUUUUGCACUUUGCUAACCAGUUCGGUAACUCCAAGGCUCUUCCACUGAUGAUGCUUGCCUUGAAGGCCAAUGGUGCCUUCUUCUUCUUCUCUGGUGUUCUUGCGGUCUCCCUCUUCUGGGCAUGGUUCUUCGUUCCAGAGGUUGCCGGUCGUUCCUUGGAAUCUAUGGAGGAAAUCUUCAACUUGCCAUGGUACCUUAUUGGUAGAAAGGGUCCUGAGCUCUGCCCUGACCACUCUGAAAUCAACAAGAUCCACUACAACUCUUCCGGUGAGAUGUCAUACGACAUCAUUGAGAAGCCAGAGGCUGAUCAUGCCAGUUUUGUUGAAAACGCUGAGGAUGACAAGGAGGAGAAAUUGAUGAAAUGA